AUGGUGUUUUUUCAUGUGCUUGGGUGUGUUUGGGACCCCCGUUCGCGAGGCUUGCCGCAUGGACUCGUCGGUCUGACGGCUCCGCUGCAGGUGCGGUGGGCAAAGAAGGGCAACAAGCGGAAGAAGCAGCCCAAGCGCGCUGACCGCACGGAGGAGCAGAAGGCAGCCAGCAGUGGUCCGAGAAUGGAGCGGAUUUUCGACAAUGUGAUGCAUCCGGAGAGCCCUCACCAAAUGAGCAUGGUGAUUCGGCGCCAUAUGCGUGGCUUGACAUCCGAUGGUCGGCACAACACCCGACGAAAGAAGGAUCUGUCGCGCUACACCAACUACCGGGUGCUCAGAAUAGCUGGGCUGACCCACGACAAUCCAACAGAAGAGGUCAACAGGUUAGGCUUCCUGACGCCCCUCACUGACCUGCAGGACUCCUCAAACCUGCCCCGCUCGGCGAACCACAUUCGCUUCAGAUAUCCUCACACCCUCAGCUACAAGGUCUACUGGGGGCCCCCGACCGUCUACGACGUGCCCAACGAGUAUGAAGGUUCGAUGGUUGGAUGCACCGUGGCAGUUCGGCUUUGCGACCUGCCGCUUACACAGAGGCAGAAGGAACGUCUGGUGGACAUUGUCGGCCAUCAUCGAGUGUGCGAGAAGACCGGCGUGCUCACGCUGGAAGCCGACCACUUUCCGGAGAGGAACCACAAUGCGGCUCUCCUGGGAGACAUGUUGGAGCAGCUCAUGCGAGAGGCGAUGCUGGCGGACGAGCAGAACCCUGCUGUCGAGUGA